AUGAAGUCAGCACAAGUAUUUCUGACUUUGGCUGCAGCUCUGCUGCAACCAUUCGUGGCAGCCGGCACAGUGAAGCGCCAAAUCUCGUCCGUUGUAUCCGGCACUCCGCCGGGCUUUGCAGCAUCCGUCACCGGGGGAGGCAACGCCACUCCAGUAUAUCCAACCACGAUUGACGCGCUCAAAUCCUACCUGACAUCCUCGGAGCCUCAAGUCAUUGUCAUUUCGGGGGCCUUUAACUUUAUCGGUUCAGAAGGAACUACCACCUACGAGGCAUGCAACAUCUAUGAUUGCACGCCCGAGAACGGUGGACAAGCAUUGCUCAACACCCUGGGUGGAUGCGGUUCCACUGCGACUUACUCGGUGGCCGUGGACACGGCCUCAAACGGCAUCAAUGUCCAGUCGGAUAAGACUCUGGUUGGUAAGAAUGGUGCCACUUUGGAGGGCAAGGGACUGCGCUUUGUAAACGUUGAAAACAUCAUUAUUCAGAACGUUGCCAUCACCAAUCUGAACCCCAAAUAUGUCUGGGGUGGAGAUGCCAUUACGCUUUCGGGGACCAAGAACAUCUGGAUUGAUCAUGUUACGACCUCGUUGCUUGGACGUCAGCAUUACAGCUUCGGGCCAGACUCCAACCAAGGCAUUGCCAUUUCCAACAGCUUCAUCAGCGGCGAGACAACGCAAUCUGCCACGUGUGAUGGGCGCUCCUACUGGGGUCUUGAGUUGGUCGGAUCAGAUGAUACGAUUACUUUCUUGAGGAACCGCGUGGAUUGGACCUCUGGCCGUGGUCCUGCACUAUCCGGCACCACACUAUUUCAUGCCAUCAAUAGCAUAUUCUCCAACACGGGCGACCAUCUCAUCGAGGGUGGUCUAGACAAUGGCAUGGGUUUGUACGAGGGCAAUUAUUUCUGGGCGGUCCCGACUCCCGUUGCUUCGGGCUGGGGUGGCCAUUUGUUCACCGUCCCAUCAGGCACAGAAGCGAAUUGCGCGCAGUAUCUGGGUCGAAACUGCGCCGUCAACAAUGUUUCAAACUCGGGCGCUUUCUCCUAUACCGAUACUUCCUUUCUGAGUCGAUUCUCUGGCAGCAGCAUUCCUGCAGUUGUGGCAGCGUCCGAGAUUAUGAGCGCUGUUGUCGGAACAGCAGGCAAUACGCUAUAG